AUGCUCGCAAAUGUUAAACAAGAAACUUCCAAUGACAUAAUUAAUCAGUCGAAACUAACUAAUAGGGUUAGUAAGUCAGUAGACGAUGAAGAAGAAGAAUCGUCAGAUGAUGAGAAAUCAGUGAUAAUUCUCGAAAGUGACACUGAAAAGGAAGGAAGUUCGGGAUCAUCGGACGAAUCUACUGAAGACGAAGAAGAAUCUAAUGAAGACGAAGAGUCUUCGGAAAAUGAGUCUAGCGACGAUGAUUCGGAUUCAGAUGAGUCCGCGUGGUCUACAGCUGACGAAGAAGCUGGUGAAAUGCUGACAAGUGAAGCUGCUGAAGCCAAAAUAAUUGCAAAAUUUGAAAAAGCUGUUAUUUUAAUAGCUGACAAACAGGUUGACGGCGGAAUAAAAAUAAUGGAGAAGCUUUUGAGAAAUCCUAUUCUUUCGCAUUUGCAUCGAGAAAACAUCAACUUUGAAACACUCGAGGAACCGACGAGGCUAUCCAAAGUUCAUCAAGUCUACAUUGGAAUACACAAGAAUCUUGCGAGACACACAGAACCGAGAAAAGCAGUCGAGCAUUAUUUGCAAGUUUUGGUUCAUCAGCCAAAAAAUACUGAAAUCUGGUUCAAUGUUGCGAUGAAAGCAGUUGAAAGUGGUAACUUGAAUUAUGCAAAAUACGCUUUCGAAAAAUGUGAAAAUGAAAAUGAAUCAAUGGAAGCGAGAGCAACUGUUCUGUAUUUGACACACGAAUAUCAUGAAUGCUUAAGUGUUCUCAAAAUGUAUCAGGAAACCGUGGACAAAUUAAAUGACAAAAUGAUGUUUUUGAAGCAAAAAAUUCGAUCUACAAACCAUUAUUACCAAACUCUCUGCGAUAAAAUAUUCGAAGAAGAUGAAGUGUACACUGAUUUGGAAAAACUUCAUCCCACGAAGUUUGCUGAAUUUGAAAAGCGACUAGUAGAAUUGAAAAUUUCUAUUGAAGACAAAGCGAAUAAAAUGAAUGAUGAACUUCUUAAAGAUGACAUUCUUGAGCCGAUUGAAGUCGAAAUAAGUGCUGAUCAAGAUUUGUCUACUGUCGCCACAAUAUUUUGUGAUUUAUUUGAUAGAAUUCAAGGAUAUUCUUCGAUUUUUCGUCAAACGAUCAAAUUCGCGAGUUGGGAAGAUCGCCAAGAAUUUCUCGACAUCAAAAGUGCAGUAGAAGAGAUAGUUGACGUUGUUUCGUGUGUCGAAAAUAUAACGGCAAAUGUGUUUCCGAGAAAGAAGAAAAAAAGACAUGAAUAUAUGCAAAAUUGGAAGCAACGCUUAUUCCAAGAGCCCGAAGAAGACACCGAAGACGAGGAAAUUAUAGAUACGGAAGACGACAGUUCACAAUCCACCGGAAAAAAUCACCUGCCAAUUUCCGAGAUCGCUGAAAUGUUUGGUUUAUCCUGCUCUUCGAUACAGCCGAUUAGAGGAAAUAUGUUGGAAAAAACGAAUAAUACUGCGGAUGAUGUACAAAAGAAAAAGGAGAGUUCAUAUUUUGACGAAGAAAAACUUUUGAACGAAUUACGAUCGAAGUUAAUUUAUACAGAUUAUUACACAAUCAUCGAUAUUUUAGAAAUAAUUCUUGUUCUUCUUUCUGAGCACUGCCCUUCAUCUGGAACUUGUCCAAAAAACUUGCGCGUGGUUGUAAUUCAACUCUAUCGGAGACUAAACUUGAUAACAAAUCACGCGGUUGAGAAGAAAUUCUGGAAUUUGCAUAUAAUGAUGCUCGAGCUUGGCGAAAACGAAGCGCAUUCAUAUUGCAUUAAAAAAUUUUUGUUUGAUUCGUACGACAAAGAAGAUAUUGAAGAAGAGCCGAGCAAUUUGGCCGAAAUUAAAGCAAGAUUUUUCUGGGCGCAUGUGAACCGAAUUAACGACGAUGAUGUCAAAUUGAACUUCUUGUAUUGUCUUCAAGAUAUGUUCGAAGAAGGAAAUGAUUGUUAUUCUACCGCGAAUGGAGCAAUUGAGUCGAAAGAUGUUCUUGCGACGAUUGCGGAACUUGAGAAGAAACGACGAAUAGAAUCCGUUAAACGACUUCAAUUAUCAAAAAAUCACGAAGAUCUUAUUUCUAUAAUGGAAAAUGACAUCGAUUUUUCGAAGAUUGAGUACGAAGAAACUUGCGAAUUAUAUGUUCCAAUACUUGAAUAUAUAUCAAAUCUUGAUAAAAACGAGGAUCCUUUGGCAAUGCCGACUCUUGCUUUAGAUUUGCUUGUAAAAGCUCACGAAAAGCUCGGAGAAUAUCGCAUCUGCGGACAGAAUAAUUAUUCAUUCAUAUUUUUCAUAAUUGAUGAACUUCGCGAACUGAUUGAUGACAUACCUGUACUUGAUGCAAUAUUUGAGAAAGAGAAUUUGUGGAUUUGGGCAAAUAUGAAUCAAGAAAUAGCGCAAUGUCUUUAUUGUCUCUUUGGAAAAUAUGGCAAGAAGCGAAAACUUGCUGAAGAUCAUGAAAGCGCAUCGAAUUGCAAGACAGAUUGGGCAAUUGCCAAAAAAGUGUUGCCAAUCAUUCUAGUUCAACCACUUCCGCUACAUGAUGAUAAGGAACGAUUAGGACAUGAUGUAUCCGAUUUGAUUCAAUCCAAAUUUGAAUUUCUUCUCAACGUCUGCGAUAAAAAACAGGAAUGUGUGGAUAAAUUUCAAUAUAUUCUCAAGACUUCAUCAAUGCUCCAAACGGAACAAUUGAAUGAAAAACUCGAGAAAAUCAAGACAAGGGAUGAGGACGAGAUGCAAUCUCUCGUUUGGUAUGCAAUGUCUCUAACUGCUUAUCGUCAAGGUUCUCACGACGAUGCCAGGAAGUAUGCCGAGUUGUUCCUGACAAGUAACGAAGCGUCAUACGACGAUCGUCUUCGAGCAUCUGCUUGGGUUAUAUUGGCCCAUGAGCAUGUCCACGAAUUGUUUCAACUUGAGUCGUUUGAGAGAUACGAGCAGUGGAGAUGGAGAAUUGCUCCGUUUAGACUUGCUCUGCAAUCACAAGAGCACGAAGCAGUUAUUCAUUUUGAAAUGGCCGCUACAAUGUACCAAUUGGCCACUGCGUUAGACAGAUUUUUGAAUAAUCUUCCCAGUGACGAUUUGCGUCGAAAGCGUUUAGUUGAUGUUGAAAUUCUUCGAGAAGAAGCAAGUAUUCAUUUCGAUCGAUGUUUGGCACUGGCUCAUCCAGCCUCGGACGGAACACCGCCCGAAUUCCAAUGGCUUUGCUACUUUUUUAUUGCGAAAUUGGAAUCGAAAAAGGAAGAUGCUGACAUCGUGAAAGUUGUUGAAUGCUUCUAUGAAGCUGCAUGCGGAUGCGAACUUGCUGGAUUUUAUUAUCCGUUGAAAGUGAAUUCCAAAAAGCAGACGAAUUUCGAACCAUUAGAAGUUCAUUACCAGGCACAUUCUGCAGUAUGGAAAUAUCUUCAAGAAGAAGAUAAUCCGCCAUUGCAAACGCUUGAAAAAAUUGAAAUAUAUUUGAAAACAUUUGCCGAAGGGCAUCGAGUUGUAAAAUGCGGAAAUUCGAUGUUCAGUAUGCCGCCAGAAGUGCGUGAAACUGUUGAAACCCUAAUUUCCGAAGUUACGCAAAUGUCUUUGGAAAGAGACGAAAUUGAUAUUGAACUAGCUGAAACGAUGGAAGAUAUUAAAAGGAAGUUAGAAAUUAUGGAGAGUUUGAAGGAUAUGUGCUUUAAAGCGUUCACGCUUGUUUGCGAACGCUUUCCACAUAUCAAAUCUUACUAUCGUCUUGCUCAGAUGCAUCUUUCAAAUAGGGAUAUCCAAGCAGCAUCUGAUCAGAUUUUGAAGCAUGUAUUCAGAAGGAAAAAGAAAGAUGAUAAUCUAUUUGAUAAUGUUGUCGAAAUCUCGUGCAGUGAUAUCAACCGGUCUGGAUCAUUUUGUUACCAUGUGGAGCGAUGCCUUCGUAUGGGCAUCAAACUGACUCGAGAUCUAAAUGAUCUUCAUAAUUUGGUUUCAAUUCUGAUGGCUAUGAUCACCACAAUUGUGUUUGAUGACGAUCAAUUUAUUGAGAAGACCUCGUACUUCACUUUGGUUCGAUUCAUUUUGUUGUCUCUUGACGCUAUGAUUGUCGAAUUGCCGAAAUCUGCCAGAAACACACCGUCGCCGCUGCCUGGAGGUGCUUCCCAAUUACCUAAAAAGCCAAGAUCGCCAGCUCCAGUCGUUGUUCGUACAGAACUUUGGAGACUAUGGACUUAUAUUCAACGACAAAAUAAAACAGAUCGUCGAUUACUUUUGGCAAUUGAGAAAAGGGUUCAAAAUGUGAUCGAAAAACUGUUUGGAAGCGUUGAUAACCUUAAAAAUAGAAUGUCUCUCGAGCAGGCGCAAGAAGCGGCAUCAAGAAGAAAGGCGAUUCCGAAGAAACGAAAAAUAGGAAACUGUGAUAGUUUAUCGAUUGUGCAACCGUUUCUUAAAAAGUUUUCAACCUCUUCUAAGCCGCCAACAAUUGAUAUAACGGAAGAUGAUGACGACGAUAUUCAGUGCCUCGAUGGUCCUUCAGCAUCAAUUGCGACUGCGCCGAAAACCAAUCCAAUUGGUUUAAACAAAUCGAUGUUUUCUCAAAGCAGCACCAUGCCUGUUCAAGGAACAUCGACACCAUCACUAAAUUCAAUCACAGAGCGUUUAAAUCAGCUUAUUCAAAAUCCACAACUAAUAGGAAAUCAACAAAUUCUUCAACUAUUGCAGCUGACGGCAUAUCAAAAACAUCAAAAAUGA